AUGAUACAGAUUCUGGCCCUCCUGCUGUUUCAGAUAGCAUAUGUUUAUGGCUGCGGUACUCCUGCCGUCAAACCCAACACCAACAGAGUGGUGAACGGGGAGGAUGCUGUCCCACAUAGCUGGCCGUGGCAGAUCUCUCUGCAGGUGAAGCAUGGCAGCCGCUUCCAUCACACCUGUGGGGGGACUCUGAUCGGACCUCGCUGGGUGCUGACGGCAGGACACUGCAUCUGGCCUGGAGAUGUGUACCGAGUUGUUCUGGGAGAACACGACAUGAGCCAACAGGAGGGUACUGAGCAAAUCCGUGACGUUCUGCGCAUUGUUGUUCACCCUCUGUGGGACAUUGACCAUGUGGGUGACGGCAAUGAUCUGGCCCUGCUGAAACUGGAUGAGAGUCCCAUCAUGAACGACAGCGUUGGCCCAGCUUGCCUCCCAGAGGCUGAAGAAAUCCUCGCCCACAGGACACCUUGUUAAUCCGGCUGGGGCAACCUUUACACUCAUGGACCCAUGCCUGAUAAGCUGCAGCAGGCCUUGUUGCCUGUAGUGGAGUACAGUGUGUGCAGCCGCAGUGACUGGUGGGGCAUCAACGUCAAACAGACCAUGAUCUGUGCAGGAGGGGAUGUUGUAUCUGGAUGCAAUGGAGACUCUGGUGGGCCUCUCAACUGUAUGGGUCAGGAUGGAAGGUGGUACGUUCAAGGUGUAACCAGCUUUGUUUCCUCCCGGACCUGCAAUGAAGUGAAGAAGCCCACUGUGUUCACACGCACCUCUGCUUUCACAGACUGGCUCAGUGAGGUCAUGUUGAAGUACUGAGGCUCUUCUGCGUACGUAGGUGAUCACUUCCAAAAAUAAUGAGGUCCC